CUCUCCUCAAAGCCUGGCUCCCACGGAAAAUAUGCUCAGUGCAGCCGCGUGCAUGAAUGAAAACGCCGCCGGGCGCUUCUAGUCGGGCAAAAUGCAGCCGAGAACUCCGCUCGUCCUGUGCGUUCUGCUGUCCCAGGUGCUGCUGCUAACAUCUGCAGAAGAUUUGGACUGCACUCCUGGAUUCCAGCAGAAAGUGUUCCGCAUCCAUCAGCCAGCAGAAUUCAUCGAGGACCAGUCGAUUCUAAACUUGACCUUCAGCGACUGUAAAGGAAAUGACAAGCUGCGCUAUGAGGUGUCAAGCCCACACUUCAGGGUGAACAGCGAUGGCAGCCUAGUUGCCCUGAGAAACAUAACUGCAGUGGGCAGGACCCUGUUUGUGCACGCGCGGACUCCCCAUGCUGAGGACAUGGCAGAACUCAUGAUCAUCGGCGGGAAGGACAUCCAGGGGUCCUUGCAGGAUAUAUUUAAAUUUGCAAGAACUUCUCCUGUCCCAAGACAGAAGAGGUCCAUUGUGGUAUCGCCCAUUCUAAUUCCAGAGAACCAGAGACAGCCCUUCCCAAGGGACGUUGGCAAGGUAGUCGAUAGUGACAGACCUGAAGGGUCCAGGUUCCGGCUCACUGGAAAGGGAGUGGAUCAAGAGCCUAAAGGAAUUUUCAGAAUCAAUGAGAACACGGGCAGCGUCUCCGUGACACGGACCUUGGACAGAGAAGUGAUGGCUACUUACCAACUGUUCGUGGAGACUACUGAUGUCAACGGCAAAACCCUGGAAGGGCCCGUGCCUCUGGAAAUCAUCGUGAUCGAUCAGAAUGACAACAGGCCAACCUUCCGGGAAGGCCCCUACAUCGGCCACGUCAUGGAGGGGUCGCCCACAGGGACCACGGUGAUGCGGAUGACAGCCUUCGACGCAGAUGACCCGGCCACCGACAACGCCCUCCUGCGGUACAACAUCCGUCAGCAGACGCCUGACAAGCCAUCCCCCAACAUGUUCUACAUCGAUCCUGAGAAAGGAGACAUUGUCACCGUGGUGUCACCUGCGCUGCUGGACCGGGAGACUCUGGAAAACCCCAAGUACGAGUUGAUCAUCGAGGCUCAAGACAUGGCAGGGCUGGACGUUGGGUUAACAGGCACGGCCACAGCCACGAUCGUAAUCGAUGACAAAAAUGAUCACUCGCCAAAGUUCACCAAGAAAGAGUUUCAAGCCACAGUGGAGGAAGGAGCUGUGGGGGUCAUCGUCAAUCUGACGGUGGAAGACAAGGACGACCCCGCCACCGGCGCGUGGAGGGCUGCCUACACCAUCAUCAACGGAAACCCAGGGCAGAGCUUCGAGAUCCACACCAACCCCCAGACCAACGAGGGGAUGCUCUCUGUCGUAAAACCCCUGGACUAUGAGAUCUCCGCCUUCCACACCCUGCUUAUCAAAGUGGAGAACGAGGACCCGCUGGUGCCCGACGUCUCCUAUGGCCCCAGCUCCACAGCCACCGUCCACAUCACCGUCCGGGAUGUCAACGAGGGUCCAGUCUUCUCCCCGGAUCCCAUGAUGGUGACCAAGCGAGAGAACAUCUCCGUGGGCAGCGUGCUGCUCACGGCCAACGCCACCGACCCCGACUCCCUGCAGCAUCAGACCAUCAGGUACUCUGUUUACAAGGACCCCGCAGGCUGGCUGAACAUCAACCCCAUCAAUGGCACGGUGGACACCACAGCCGUGCUGGACCGGGAGUCCCCGUUUGUCCACAACAGCGUGUACACUGCCCUCUUCCUGGCCAUCGACAGUGGCAACCCUCCGGCCACGGGCACCGGGACCCUGCUGAUAACCCUGGAAGACGUGAACGACAACGCUCCCUUCAUCUACCCCACGGUGGCCGAGGUCUGCGAUGAUGCCAAGAACCUCAGUGUGGUCAUUUUGGGAGCGACAGACAAGGACCUUCACCCAAACACAGAUCCUUUCAAGUUUGAGAUCCACAAGCCCACCGUCCCUGACCGAGUCUGGAAGAUCUCCAAGAUCAACAACACGCACGCCCUGGUCAGCCUGCUUCAGAAUCUGAACAAGGCGAACUACAACCUGCCCAUCAUGGUGACAGAUUCAGGGAAGCCGCCCAUGACGAACAUCACAGAUCUCAGGGUACAAGUGUGUUCCUGUAAGAAUUCCAAAGUGGACUGCAACGCGGCGGGGGCCCUGCGCUGGAGCCUCAGCCCCGUCCUGCUCCUCUGGCUCUUCAGUCUAGCUUGUCUGUGAGAACUCCUGACAUCUGAAGCUUGACUCCCAAGUUUCCAUAGCAACAGGAAAAAGAAAAAAAAAAAAAAAAAAACCUAUCCAAAUCUGAAGAUUGCCGUUUACAGCUAUUGAACUUCACAACUAGGCCUCAAUUGUUCCAGGUUUCCAUUUUCUUUGCGAUUUCACUUAGUCUGUACUUCACCAUUUUGACAGCAUCUUCCUUCCUCCUUUAAUUAAUGGAUCCUCUGAAUUUUCCCUGAGUGUUUAUAGAUCAUGACAUAGAACUUGACCUUUGGGAGCAGGAACAAUGACUACUUUUUCUGAUGUGUUGACACGUUGCUAGCCCCUGCUCCUCACAUCCAGCUGUGUCUGUGGGUGCGUAUCUGUAUAUGUAUGCGUAUCUGUCUGUGUAUAUACACAGUAUUUAUAGAGAGAGACUAUACAGGAGAAGCCUAGUUUUGAUAUGCCAUUCUUCCUUGAAAGGUUAAACAGAGGGGGCAGAAGCUGAGACAGCUAAACCUCCAAGGCCUCAGUAAAAACCUUGGCACAAGUACAGGCCGCCGAGCAGUCACCUCUGUCCUGAAGCCACAUCCCCACCAGCCCACUCGGUUUGAAGGCUGAAUGCUGAAUGACCAGCGGGCAGGUCCCUAGAGAGGCAGGGCAGAGAAGGAAGUCCUUUCUCAUUAGUGUGAGGACCGCCACCAACUCCCACUGCCACCAAAUGCCGUGAUCCUGAGCCAUGGCGGUGAGGGCAGAGCAGGAAACCGUGCCAUCCCGUGCCAAGGAGGGGCUGCCACACUCCUUCACGGACACCAAUGUGCAUUGGUGUGCAGCCUGAACCCACAGUCCCGCUGGCUCUUGUGGCGACUAGGAUCAUGGUGGAGAACCUCCCCUCUGUGCUAUGUGCACGACUGCAAAUGCCAUCACAGAGGUGAGACGUGCAUACCAAGAGGCCAACAGGUACCAUCUUGUAUACACAUAUAUGCCCACAUGUAUAGACAUUUAUGCACAUAAACACCGUUCGUUUCAUGUAUACAGGCAUAAAAUAGAGUAAAUACAGGUAGUUUUAAAAGUACCCUUUUGUGUGAAUUGACUACCGUUGUUUGCAAACCUGAAAAUAAAAGACGUUCAUUAUGUAUGAGAAGUAAUUGAUUUUUAUUCUGUGAGCAUGUAAAAGUAAGAGGAAAGUUAGUGCUUGUACUAAGAUCAUCUUCUUGUUGAUAAACUGUAAACGAACCAUCUGAGCUCACACCAAAUUUUUCUAUCAAAUAAAACUAGUGACAGCCUGUGGCUUUUUAUUAGAGCUUGCCACGAGCUAGGGUAAGGUAAGUGUCUUAGCAUAUUUUAAUGCGGUUGCUUACUAAAGGUUUUAACCACACACACACAUGCACACCCAUGCUUUCUUAUGCAAUCUGUUUGCCCUGUGCUUUUCAGUUAGCCUUUUGUAGGAAGUAGAAGUCACACGUUGUCUUUGUUGUAGUGAAAUUAUGCAGAUAGAGUUCCAUAUAUUGUAUUUGUUUCAAUAGUAAAUCUUUUUGGAACAUAUAGAAUGCAGAGAUUUUUUUUCCAUUAAAAUAAAUGGGUAUUGGUGGUUAAAACUG